AAAAUGUAAACCUGCUAGCAAAAAUCAGUUAGCAGCACUAGCUAGCUUUAGCUAAAGUUAACAGAUGUUAACCAACAGUAAAUGAGCGUUAGCUGGCUAAAUAUCACUUCUCUCUGGCAGACAUUGCCAGGGAUGAGAAUGGUUGUUUUAGUGUUCGAGUUAUACGUUUCCCUGCGUUUUGAAUUAUCCGUAAGCGUAGUCGGUACCAGGAAGCUACCAGAUAGCUGUGUAAAUAGUGAGUCUGCUGCUGUCAGCACGGAUGUGAGUUAGUUACUCUGGACGAAUUUAAGCAUUUUUAACCAUAAACGUUGGCUUAAAGUAUGUAAUAAACCUCUGUAGCCUCUUACCCAAAAGGCAUUUAAUCACACACUACAUGGUGAUAACCAUGAGCAGAAUUUGAGCACACAGUGGCUCCAUAAAGAUUCACUUAUAUCUACUGUUGGUUCUGCAGUCAUUCACUGUUCGUGUCUAAGUGUCCUACCAGCUUUCAAAACACAUUGUAAUGUAUGGCCGAACAAUCUGAUGACAUCACCUCGGUAAAGGGUCACACCUUCACUGGCCAUACCUUUCAUCUUUAUUCAGAAAUGAGUCUGGACAGGAUCUACAUGGACUACAAUGCCACUACUCCGCUGGAACCAGAAGUGAUUCAGGCCAUUUCGGAAGCCCUCCAGGAUGCCUGGGGAAACCCGAGUAGCAAUUAUAUAGCAGGCGCUAAAGCCAAGGCAAUUAUUAAUGAGUCCAGAGAGAAUGUGGCGAGAAUGGUUGGAGGUAAAGCAGAAGACAUCAUUUUCACGUCAGGUGGAACUGAGGCCAAUAACCUGGUGAUCCAUACUGCUGUAGAGCACUUCAGGAGAAACUGCAGGGCUUCAGAGCAAGGUGAAGGGCACCAGAAUGGAAGCAAUGGCCUUCCUCACAUAAUCACGUCUAACGUGGAACAUGACUCGGUCAAACUGGCAGCUGAGCGCCUACAGAGAGAUGGCAAGGCCGAUGUGACGUACGUCCCUGUGUCUAAAGGGACAGCACGUGUGGAGGUGGAGGAUGUCAUUGCUGCGGUGCGUCCCAACACGUGUCUCAUCUCUGUUAUGCUGGCCAACAAUGAGACAGGAGUCAUCAUGCCAGUCCAAGAGAUCUGCCAGAGGAUAAAAUUGCUCAACAAGCAGCAUGAGCGGCUCAGGAUCCUACUCCACACUGAUGCUGCUCAGGCUCUGGGGAAAGUCCGAGUAGAUGCCUGUGAACUGGGAGUGGAUUACCUUACCAUAGUGGGACACAAGUUCUAUGCCCCUCGGAUUGGUGCUUUGUACGUGAAAGGCCCUGGAACGAGAACGCCAUUGUAUCCGAUGCUCUUUGGUGGAGGACAGGAAAGAAACUUCAGACCGGGCACAGAAAACACUCCAAUGAUUGCCGGUCUGGGAAAGGCUGCAGAACUGGUGUCGUCUAAUCUGUCAGAUUAUGAGAGUCACAUGAGAAGUACCAAACUUUACUUGGAGGAACAACUGAAGGCCGUCUUUAAAGACAGGAUCCACUUCAACAGCCAUUACCCCGGCUCUGAUAUCCUCCCUAACACAUGUAACGUGUCCAUCCUGGGCCCAACAUUACAAGGCUGGAGGGUAUUGUCCCACUGUACGAGGCUGUUGGCCAGUGUCGGUGCCGCCUGCCACUCAAACAGUGGAGACAGGCCUUCCCAUAUCCUUCUGAGCUGUGGCGUCCCCUCAGAGGUGGCGGCUAAUGCCCUGAGGUUGAGCGUGGGCAGGAGAACGACCAAAGCAGAUGUGGAUGCAGUUGUGGAGGACUUGAGGGAAACUGUGCAACUGCUGGAAGAAAUGGACUGAUGGCCUUCAAGUGCAUAAACAGCAUAAACUCCUGUAGGUCAAAAAGGGAUGCACAGAAUUAAAAAUACAUCAUCUGUGUUUAUUGUUACAUCAACUGAUCGUGUGAAAUGGAUGAAAUAUUUAAUAUAAAUAAUAAAAGGGAAGAACUUGAAGUGACCUGAGGGGUGGUGUUACGGAGAGAUGACUGUACUCAGCUUCCAUCACAUCAUGUGAGUAGCUAAUCAGCUAAUUAGAGUCAGAGCGCUGUGUAUGAGUGUUUCUGAAAUAAAAUAUUUACAUGCACC